AUCUUCACUCACCGAAAACUUGAAUGCUCUAGUAAUAUCGUCCCCCAACUGUAUUCAAAUCUCUCUGGCUCCACACUCGUUGACAAUAAUCGAUUUGCGCUCAGUGAUUUCUCCAUUUACCACUACAGGUUUACCUUCGUUUCAAAACAUGGAGUGGAUUCAAGACGAUUUCCUUCUUGGGAGAGAGGACCUGCGCGUUCUGAGUUUCCCAGCUGAGCCGAAGCAGAGCACCAUUAUCUCCAUUCCUGGGGACCCUGACGAGACCAGCUCAAUAACAAAGAUAUACCCCAAUCUUCUAACGCCGGACCAAUGGCAUGAAUGUCUGGAUUCAAUUCACGAGCGAAGCGCGAGGUAUCCGCACAAAAGCGUCACAAUCUUGUUCGGCGGCAGGACGACAAGCAGACUCAGAGGCAACGAAGUCUCCAAAUUGCCUUUUGAACCAAACCUUUGCCCAAGAAUCGUCUCCACUUUUCAAAUUCACCGGUCAAUUGCCAGGGUGAUCAACCGCAAUACCACAGCCGCUUGUUGCGUGACAUCUGCAAGAGAUCCUGACAGUGGCGAAGAAUUACAAAUCUAUAAUUGCCGUUCAUCUGCUGAAUGGAAAGAGGACAUGGCACUGUCCGUGACAUACUCACAUGACAGCCAGUCAACCAAGGCGGUUCUGUACGGUUGUACUGAGCCCAUCCGGGACACGAUAAUCCGGCGCCUGAAGAAAUGCAACUACGUUGUCUAUCACCCUCUUGCAAUCCCUGCGCUAUUUUGUGACAUCGAGCGAAAGCGUCAGUUUGACCUAGUCGGACCGAUCACCAGGAAACUGAGCGAACGAGCGCUGAAAAUUGCCAAGCCACAGCACCCUGGCAGCCCCUCCUUGAGGUUCACGCGUAGUAAUUCUACGACGUCGACGCAGGAAGCCGGGAUUGAGGAAGAUUCUGAAGAUCUUAUGGCAUUGUGGCUUGAAGCGAGUGACCUCAAGAGGGGUUUACAAACCUGGAAGCACGAGCUUGGAAACUUAAUCGCCCAUUCCGACCAACUCGCUCAAGAUAGACUCGCCAGAGGCUCCCAAGGCUCCGAAGGCCUCGAACAGCGCCUUUUCAUGGAUGCUGGGAAGCGAAUUCGACAACGUCUUCUGGAAUUGGAGGGAGAAUAUGAUCAGAAGAUCAGACAAUGCACUGAUAUUAUAGACGGUAUGGUGCUAGCUGCACAGCUGGAAUGGAACAACAUUGGUCACGAGGAUACGCAGACCAAUCUCAACAUAUCGAAUACGAACAUAGAAAUCGCCAAGGCUACGCAGGCUGACUCCCGACAGAUGAGAUCGAUAUCCGUGCUGACGAUGGUGUUCCUACCAGCUACUUUUGUUGCCACGGUCUUUUCGAUGACCUUUUUCAACUGGAGUCCUGAUCAAGGCGAGAAGAUCAUGUCUCCGUGGUUCUGGAUUUACGUAGUGAUUACUGUUGCCUUCACUCUCGUGACUAUGUGUAUUUGGCUCAUAUUUAAUCGAAGGAUAUCUAGAGCCAGGAAGAAUGACGUGGAGAGCGGGUCAAUAAUCUCGGGCACAACGAUUCGUGCUUCUGAACAGACUGAAAUGGGGGAAAGGGAGAUCAUGGCUAGCCCCCUCCGAAGGCUGAUGACACAGACAUCAGGCUGGGGAAAGGGGCACCUCAACAGAGGUGAAAAGGUGGAGUCGACUAAAACAUGCUCAUGAUCAAAGGAUGGACUUGCGGGACGAAGCGCGAAGCCGGUGUUGGAGACAGAAGGGCGAGAAUGACUAACACAAACCGGCCGACCUACUCUUUUGUAGAGCGUCAUUAAUCUACAGCUGAAGUUUAUUGACUACUUCAAAAUUUGACUGCAUCAUAUGAAGUGUAAAA